UUUCAAGCACAAAUAUAUUUCUAUAAAAUUUUUAAGUAAACUUGUUAAUUGCUUAGAUUUGAUAAAGUUAAAAAGCUAGUUCUUCAAAAUGCAUAUGUGGUGUGAACGCAUUUCGGCGACCUUUGCUGGUCUGAUCGUGGGUAUGUGGUAUGCGAAAACGUUCCCCAAUGAAGACGGCAAGGACGACAAAGGCAAGGAUAACAAGAAGAAGUAGUAGCAAACGGCCAGUCCCAGUAAAUGCCUAAUAGUAAACAGAAAACACAAUUCUAUG